UUCUACUCGAUUAAUAGUACAUGAAUUGGGUGAGGACGGCGUAGAUAUGAUUCUCAACUGCAGCAAACAUCCAAGAUUAAAAGGAUGUUGGAAGGAAAUAGGGGCAGCCUUACCACAUAGGCCUUGGGGAGCAGUAUAUCAGAGAGGACAUACUUUGUUAGAGAGGGCAGAGACACGUAACUGGACUGAGGAUGAGAAAGCAUUUAUCUUAAGGUUUCAUGAAAAGCAUGGACCACUGUGGAAAAGCAUGGCUGAUGUCCUUGGAAAGAAUCGUUAUCAUGUUAAGGAUACAUGGCGUCGGAUACAUCGUGCGGGUCUUGUAAAGGCCCUAAAGGGUAAGUGGUCUCAGGCGGAGUAUCAGUCCUUGUUUAAUUUAGUAAAUAAGGAUUUGCGGAUGCAUGUGUAUGAGGAAAAGAAAUCAAAGCAUGGCAUGAUACGUGACAAUAUCAGUUGGAAAGCGAUUGGCAACCGUUUGGCUACUCGGACAGAUAUGUAUUGCUGUCUCAAAUGGUAUAAACAAUUAUCAUCAUCCAUGGUGCAAGAAGGUAAAUGGGCCGACACAGACGAUUAUCGAUUGCUGGACGAACUUCUUAGGCUGGAUGCUUGCUGUGUUGAAGAUGUUGACUGGGAUAAUCUUCUUGAACAUAGGUCUGGAGAUAUUACUCUGAAACGUUGGAGACGGAUGGUAAAUCACAUUGGUACCCAUGGACUGCAAUCCUUCGCAGAACAAGUAGAAGUGCUCGCUGAACGCUAUUAUCCUGAACUACUUGAAGUCAGAGAAGCUCUUGACAGCAGACCUGUAGUUGAUUGAGGUGUGGAUGUGGGAGCUGUGGGCUCGAUAGAGAGGUUUGCCAAGAAGGUCAAGCCCAGAACAAAAAGAUUACUCUACAGUCUAAAAUUGGUGCUUCUAAUUUGAUACUCAAAGUUCCAAUGUCUGAAGUAGUUAUGUACUUGGUGUGGCACUGAAAAACUGUCGAUGAACAAAAUUCAUCAACA